AUGUUAUAUUGUUUUCUUAUCCUUUUGUCUCUUACCACAAUAUGUGGAAACCUCCUUGUAAUAAUUUCUGUGUUUUACUUCAAACAGCUCCACACUCCUACUAACUUCCUCAUUCUGUCUUUGGCUGUGGCUGACCUGCUUGUGGGGAUCAUAGUAUUUCCUUUAAGCAUGGCAUUUUCCCUCAGCUCUUGUAUGAAUCAAGAAGGUUUAUUUUACAGAUACUAUGCAGUUUGUCAUCCAUUGACAUAUAAAUCUAAAAUCAGCCGUCAUGUUGUUGUUGUCAUGAUUGCUGUAAGUUGGAUUGUUUCUGCGCUUAUUGCAAUUGCUGUGAUGACACCAAGACUAGAAGAACAAUGUCAGGAAGAAUGUUUUGUUGAUGUUUUCAUAGCAAACGCAGUUGGGUCCAUUUUAUCAUUUUAUCUUCCAGUUUUAAUAAUGCUGUGUAUCUACCUAAAGAUUUUUCUUGUUGCACAGAGACAGGCACGAAGCAUCCAAAGUAAAAUGAAAUGUGGAGUAACUGUCAGUAAGCUGGAGAGAAAGGCUACCAAGACUCUGGCUACUGUUCUAGGAGUGUUUCUUUUUUGUUGGACUCCUUUCUUUCUUUGUAUCAGUUUUCAGCCUUUUAUAAAAUAUUUAAUAGUUCCUGCAGUUGAAACACUUAACUGGGUAGCCUUGACAAACUCAACAAUAAAUCCAUUAAUUUAUGCUUUAUUUUAUAGCUGGUUCAGAUCAGCCUUUAAGAUUAUUAUAUCUGGAAAAAUAUUACAUUCUGACUUUGCUUGCACAAAGCUGAAUUAA